UUUUUUAGCGGUCGUACAAGGCAGAAAAUGGAAAAAUCGAGGAAAGAAAAAUCGCGAUUGUUAAUUCACAAUACAACACACGUAUGUAGGUGUAUAUGAGUUCGAGAACCGCGUGGUAGGCUGACCACUUGACGCUCUUUUCAUAUGUCUCCUGUCCGUUGCAAUGUACGGAAUAUCUUCUCCCCUCAUUUCCCUUUCUUACAUCGGCCGCCAAUUGUCUCCUUGACAAGGCGCACCAUUUCCUUGAAUGCGCUCGAUAAAAAACAAAUAAAGCCGAUAGGUGCGGUAGCUGAACGGCUUGCUGCCACUAAUUUAUGGAUAUCCCGGAGGGGAAGGAAGAGUGAUAAGGAUCCUAAAGGCGACAAGACGAGAGUCAACGUUGUUGGUAGCAAGUUAUGCGAUGAUAUCCUUUCCUACAUCGGUCCCGAUCUGGAUCGACAUAAAGGAUGUGAUCUCAUUGACAUCUAUCCCGGCGCCGGACUCUGGAGUCGGAAGCUUCACGAUUAUCUCGAGCCCCGGUCCCACAUAUUGAUGGAACCGGACAGCCAGCUCUACGAGCCCUUUCUUAAGCCUCUGCUCAGCCGCCCUAACACUACUCUUAUUCCCAAAUCCGGCCUCGUCUGGCGAGAGCUCACCCAAAUAUUGACCCCUGAACAUCUACCUCACCAAAAAGUUCUCGCUUCGGGUCAAGCAGCCCGUCGGAACGAUGAGUUACUAGUCACCGCAAACAUCGCCUUUCAUCCUAAAAAACGAUUUCAAAACUUCGGAUCUCUGGUCAACCUAGUUUUAUAUCAGUUCAUUGAUGCUAUUCGUACCAGGAGUUUGUUUCAACGGUACGGGCUUGUCCGGAUGUUGAUAUGGACUAGACACGACGACAAGCAUGGUUUAAUCCCUAAGGUGCUCCAGAGGCGUAAGAAGUUGGCGGUAGAUAGCGAGCUUUCCUGUGAGUGGGUUCACGAGGUGUGUGGGCCCGAAGACCCUGAUUACGUCUGGUACGUUCGCGACGACGUUAUAAAUGCAAGCAGCAAUGUGGCCGCGUGGAGGAGGAUGCGAGAUGCCAAAAUGAAGAUGCCUAAAGAGAGGGACUCCGAAGCCUUGAAAGAAGCUCGAAAGAUAUCUCAGUCGGGAAAGAUUAUUAAGCCAGGAAUUACGAUGCCUUCCUUCAAGAGGUCCUAUCAAGAAACGUUGCGCGAGCUCGAAGAAGAGUGGGAUAAUAAAUCCAUUGCCAAGGGCUCGGAUAGGUAUAAGAGAUGGAAACACUACCAGUGGAGGCACAACUGGGAGGAGAAGAAGUCCAAAUAUAUACUCGCUCUAAUAAAGGAUCUAGAUAAUAUCACAGCUCUUCGCAAAUCUGGAGAGAUGUCCCCGGAGGAGAUAAAGGAGCUCGAAACGGAAUGGGAGGAAAAUGUACAAGCACACUCCCAAGGUUUUGUCGACGAAUUCAUCGCCUGCAAAGAUAAUCUUCAUUACUAUCGGCAAGAUCCUCCUCUGCUCCACUGGGAUCGUCGCCAGUACGAAAGCAUGGUUGUGAAGCCUGAAGAGUUCUAUCCCAAUAUCCCAUGCACCCUCAUCGACAUCCAACCAAAACCGGUACACCCCCUUAUGCAUCAGACAGGUCCCAACUCGAACCGUGCGGGCGAUUGCUUCGAUUUGAUACUAUCCUCGCUGAUGACCCAGAGUACUACGCCGAUUAAGCAGGCGCUGGAUUCCCUAAUGCCGGGGGCUGCAGACUACAUCAUACCUCGUUGGAAGAGCAUCAGAGACGUAGAUCAUGGGGGCGUGCUGGCCCAGACGCGAUAUACGGAGCUGACCCCGAGAAUGUUGAAUGCGCGACAGUGGGAAGAACUCCUCGAGCUCUGGAUGGAGUGGCCUUUCCGCCCCCAGUUUCAUGACCUCGUCGCCCGUACUCACGAUGAGAUGCUGGACGAAGAUAGUAUUCUGCCAGGCGAAUAAGAAUAGGAGAGGUCGAGUUACCUGCCAUACAAAUAAAACAGUAGUACAACUAUUCGAAAAUACAACUCCAUGAACAUAAAGUAUGAUGAACAUCCUUAAAGAUCAUGUCUAAUGUGCUA